AUGUUAACAUUGCAUAAAAUUGAAAUAGAAUUCUGCUAUUGGUCCCAACUAAGCAUUAGUUUAAACAGCUUAAAACAAAUAAAUGAUUUUAAUGAUUCAUUGAAAGCUUCAUCUAUUCUCAAGCUUUGUGAAAAUAAUACAAAAUUAAAUAAUUCCAAACUUAUUCCAUUCUGUGGUAGCAGAUUAUUGGGAUUUUAUUAUGUAAACUGA